AUGGAUAGCAAAUUAACCAAUGUACCUGCCUCUGACACUUCAGACACCAAAGUAAUCAAAGAUCCUGAUCAAGUAUUUUCUAUGAAUAAUUCUGAAGAAACUGCUGGUUCACACCCUCUGAAUUCUCAAAACACUAUGAGUACACCUGAUGCAGAUGAGCAAGAAGUACUUGUGAAUUACAAUGUAGGAAACUCCAUCUCUUCUUAUUCUACUCCUCAGAAACAUCUGCCAGCCUCCCAAGAAUCUAGUGUCAGCAUGUUGACAAGUUUCAGAAAACGUCUCAAACAACAUUUAGUUCCAUCAAGAAGCGCAAGUUUGCACAAAAGUAUGCAUGAUUUGUCAUUAUCUCCAAAGAAAAACCUUUCGUCCUCAUUUAGAAAUGAUCCAGGAAGUAGAAAACCUGCUUCAACUGUUAUACCAUCAUCAUCCACUGGAAGUAUAUCUAACCUUACACAAGAUGUUCCCGAGGAUAUAAGUAAUAUUCAGAAUGAACAUGAGGCAGCAUUACAAAACGUAUCAUCACUUACUGCCAGUCAGGUUCAGCUAAUUCAGUCUACUUGGGGUUUAGUAAAGCAGCAUAUUGAAAAAAUUGGAGUGAUUACUUUUUUGGGAAUUUUCGAACAACAUUCAGACUUUCGUGAUGCAUUCACCGAAUUUCGACGAAAUAAAUUUGCAGAUGUGAAACAUGAUCCAGCGAUGCAAGUGCAUGGCUUAAGGGUUCUCAGUAUAAUGGAUAAACUGGUCACACGACUUCCUAAAACAGAUGACAUCGAAAGACAACUAAUGGCUAUUGGAGCUAAACAUUGUCGAUAUGUUCCAACAAUUGGUCUUAUAUCGAGUGUUUCUGAUCAACUAUGGGGUGCUAUAGAACCAGUUUUAAAAGAGGAAGGCUUAUGGACAGACAGUUUAGCCGAUACGUGGAGGACAGUUCUCGACUACUUGACAAAAACAGUAAGAUAUGGCUUGGCAAAAACAUUUCGAUCUACUACAUGGAAUUAA